AUGCCCGACCGGAACCUCCUCCAUGUAGCUAUACUACAGAUGAAGCCGUACGGGGGUCAAGCCUCAAGCAGCCAGAUAAAAGAGUAUCAAGGUAAAGUGGGCUCAUGCAAUUAUCCCUCCUGCAUCACCCGUGGAGAUGUUGCUCACGCUGUAUCUCAACUCUCCGAAUUCCUCACGAACUCUGGCCCGGAGCAUAUCGUCGCUGCCAAUCGAGUGAUCAAAUAUCUCUAUUAUACCCGUUUCCUUGCUCUUGAGUAUUCUCCCACUGGCGAUGAUGCAAAACCCCGUGAAGCUGCGAACGACGCAUCAUACGGUGACAGACCCGACCGAAAAAAGCUCAGCUGGCUACGUCAUAAAAUUAUUCAACACCCCAAUCGAGUGGAAGACUACCAAGCAACGCACCGUUACUAG